UUAGGAACUUAGAUUGGCAAAAUGUGUGUGCAUUGGUAUUUGAAGGUUCGUCUGUGCUCUAGUAGUGAACGAGAAAAAAGCAAUUAAGAUGGCAGAAGGUAAACCUAAACAGAAAGAAUUGACUAAACUGCUGGAGCAUUUAUUUGGGAUAAAUGUGCAGUUGGAAAAACAGAUUUGGAAAUUAAAUGAACAAGUCAAUUUGACAACAAUCGAAUGUAUUGAAUCCCAGUUUAAAGGAGAUAUAGAGGAAAUAAAAGAAGUGGUUGCUCUAGUGAGAACAACAAAUUCUGCACUGCUGGAUCAUAAAAACAAAAUUAGUGAUGUAAAUAGGAAACUCACUAAACUAAAGAAAUUUCAAGCAACAAAUGAAGAAGCAAAAGACAAAACACAAGAAAAUGAAAAAGAUACAUCAGAAAUAAAUAAAUUAAAAAACAGCAGUUUGAAAAAGGGAAUAGAGCAUAAUGCAAUACCGUUUACAUCAAUACAAAAAACUGAAGAUUGUUUACCGUUAGCGAAGCAGUGGAGAGAAAACCUUUUAGAAAAGUCAAAACAACGUAUUUUUGACACCAUUUUUUCACCUGAAAUUGUAAAUAAUGCUAAUCAAAAUGAAAUAUCCGAGAGAAAGAAACGGGAAAACAACAAUUUUGAAGAGAGAAUAAAAUAUCUUGAAGAAACACAGGCGUUGUUACUGGAUUCAAUGCGGUCGAGAGAUAAAGAAUUAAUAGAAAUAAAACAAUGGAGAGACAAAUGUAUACCUGAACAAAGUGAUAUGGUGAUAAAAAUAAAUCAACUGCUCAAUAAAAAACAAGAAAAUAACAUCAAAACAAUGAAAGGCAUGCGAGAAUACAAUCAACUGAUGGAGAACUCCAGAAAACAAGAUUCGCAAAUACACAGCAGUUUAGAAAAAAAUAAUCAAGUGACAAAAUCAGUUGAUCAUUUCAUAAAUGACGUGAAUAAAAAAUUAAAAGACCACUCAGAUCAAAUUGAUAAAUUCGCACAAAUAGUUGCCAGCCAAUCUAAGGAGAUUUCUGUUUUACAAAAAGAAGAAAAGAAAAACUUUGCUAACUGCACACAAGAACUUCAUAAACUAAAGACAUUGCUUGCAUCUUUAGAGAUUAAAUCAAAUGGCGUGCGAGGAGUCAGGAAUCGAGUAUGCAAGCCUUACUUCUGUCAAAUCCACCUACACAACAACACACCAGUCACCACUGGAGAAAUUAUUUCUACGUUCUAUGGCGUUAAGGAACAUAACGGCAGCCAUUUCAAUAGAUCAACAGGAAAACUUGUAGCACCAGAUGACGGUUUUUAUUUAGUUAUUGUUACGUUAAAGGAGAAAGAAGAUAAACGGAUUGCAGUGAGCUUCUUCAGUGGAGAAAUAUUACAAAAAGAUUUUUUUGUAAAAUCAGCUUUUACUUCGGCUUCUGGAUCAACCAUUGUUGCAAUGAAGAAAGGGGAAGAGCUAUAUUUUAAAGUGACUGGAGCUGAUGAUGAAGCCAUGCUACACGCAGCCAGUGGCUUCUCUAUUGUCAGACUGUAAAACUGAGUUCUUAUCUUGUGUAAAUCUUGUGCUAACCAUGAGGCGAACUUUGCUUUUUUAUUUUGAUGUUACAUUAUUGAUGUAGAAAACAAUUAAGACCGUAAUGCCAGGUGGCAGUCAACGUUCUUAAUUUCAACUGUAUAUAAUUAGCUUUUUACAUUUUUAUCUACCUAUCUAUCUAUGUAAUAUUAGCGCCCCUGUGGGUCGCGCCUGUGGCGGCCGCUCCAUCCGCCCUCCCCUAGC